CACGUGUGAAGACGGACAAACUGCAAACUGAUGGAGGAGACAAUAUGUCAACAAAUAUCAAACCUCAAGUUAAUGAUAUGCAAGACAUACUUCUGUCUUCAUCAACCUUCCCAGGUUACGCGUCUUACAGGGACACAGUAGAAGGAAGCUGGUUUAUCCAGGAGCUGGUCGGUGUUUUCAGGGAGCAGAGUGACACAGAACAUGUAAUGGAUAUGCUGACAGAGGUUAAUCACAGAGUGUCUCAGAAACAUACUGAAAUGUGUGCUCAAAUGCCAUUCCCAUCCAACUCUUUGACCAAGAGAUGGUACCUCAACCCACCUAAGAACUGUCAAUUAGUUAUUUAAGAGGUUUUGUGCCAUGGAUACUCUUCAGUAUUUGCAAAGAGCAGAUACCCGGUACAAUGGGCCAUAUGUGAUAGACCAAAGUCCUUCAUUUCUUUCUGUGACUGCAGGAAACAUGUACACUGCUUGAACAUCUUGAAUAAUUACAAAAUAUGCUUUUAUCUCCUUGCAUAUUUUCACAAUAUAUAACUGUUUCCAUACUUGUUUACUAAGUAUUACGAUAUGGAACUACAAUUUAAAUGGAUAUGAUCUACUAAUAUACUUAGGAUCAUUUAAUUUACGUGACACCUUAUUUUUGUGAGAAAGACAUUUACUCUUCAUUUGCAAGACAAAAUUUUCACAAAUUGUGGUUCUGCUUUAUAUAUUCUUUAAGAAAACUAAUAUAAGUGAGAACAUUUUUGCGAGCACUCUGUGUCGCAUAAUUACGCAAAAAAUAAAGUUCUCCUGAAUAAAAAGUGAUUUAGUAAAUUUUUUUUGUAAUAUAUAUUAUGAAAGUUCAGACUAGAAUUUGUAAUACAUGUAUAUGAUAUUGUGAAUUAUCUAUUGAGUUCUAAAGUUCUGCUGGACAGGGGUGUGCAAUUAGAAAAAUUUACUACUAGCCCACGGGCUAGUGGCAGCUAUAAAGUUACUAGCCCCAAGUAAAAAGUUACUAGCCCAAAUAUAGGAGCAAAAAUUUAAAAUAAAAUGAAAGUAAUUGUUGAAAAAGUCAGGGUACUGAGGUAAUUCCUUUUAAAAUUAAUGUAAUUCUCACUAUUAAAUUUUAAAAUCAUGUUUAAACUAGCCCGACCCCAAAAAAUGGUAGCUCCGGGCGUCGGGGGAUGCUUAUUGCACACACCUGGCUGGACAAUUGUCUCUAGCUUUGCAUAAAAUUAGUGCUUCUAGAAUUAACCUGUAGUGAAGAAAUUUUUCUUAAAAGAGUUAUGUGGACAAGAGACAUGUGACUAUAUAUUCAUAAUUAUGUCCCUUAUCAGCUAUUGUGUUUCAUGUGCAAAAAAACUGGAUGAAUACGUUUAUUUUUUCAUCAGUUAAAAGAGUUUUAUGUAUUAUAUACAUCUAUUUUUUAUUUGUCUUAACAUCAUUCUGUGCCAUGCAUUAUUAAAACUUUCAUUUUUUGUAGUACAUGUAUGAUCAUUUGCUCUCAAUAUUUG